CCAACGUAAGCAGCCGUCUCACCGGGAUACGCCAUUGUUCUUGUUGAUUGGGGAUAUACUGCUUGUUCUCGCGCAUAUUCGGUUUUCUCGGGGCUACCGUUCAACGGUAUCAGGCGUACCCUUCACGACGGCUGUGCCCCAGGGUGCAUGCGUAAACAACGAGGCAGAGCAGGACAGCCUAACUGGAACGAAAGAAGGAUAUAAGGCGUCUGGCAUACCAUGUAUUCGUAUCCAACUCAACAAGUCCAGCUCAAUACCAAAGUCCUAUCAUCAGGGUUUCGUUUUAUCCUCAAUUCCUUCAGUCUCAGCGUUUUCAACUUCAGUGUCUUUGAUCUACAAACACACCCUAAGGUUACCAAACCCCAGUCUUCGAGAUGCCUGUCCCACCAUCCGCUGGCGAGAGUUGUCUCAAAGUCGGACCUGGCUGUCCAGUCGAGGGUACGCUUUAUGGCUACUACCCUAGCCUUCCUGCCAAUGCAUUCUUCGCCGCGGUCUUCGCUCUCUGUUUCAUCUUGCAGCUUAUAUUUGGCAUAAAAUACAAGACGUGGACAUACAUGAUCGCACUAGGUCUCGGUUGUGUAUCUGAGGCAGCAGGGUACGGGGGCCGCAUUAUGAUGCACGCCAAUCCUUUUGACGACAACGGUUUUCAGCUUCAGAUAUGUCUUUUGAUUAUAAGUCCGGCCUUCAUAUCCGCCGGUAUCUAUAUCACACUCAAACACAUCGUCCUGAACUUUGGAGAAGACUGGUCACGCCUCCGUUCGAAUUAUUAUACUUACAUUUUCAUAACCGGCGACUUCAUAUCGCUCUGCUUGCAGGGCGCUGGAGGCGGCCUUGCAGCUACAGCAGAUAACGGUUCAAAACUCCAAGACACGGGUACAUCGCUCAUGAUCAGCGGGGUAGUAUUCCAGGUUGUCAUGCUCGCAUGCUUUGGUUACUUGCUCGUCGAGUACACACUCAGGACCCAUCGGCGCCGCAACCAACUCUCAGCUCAUUCGAUGAUGCUGUUCCACACGACAUCCUUUCGCUGCUUUAUCGCUGCCAUAGUAAUCGCUUACUUCGGAAUACUCAUCCGGUGUAUCUACCGUAUUCCCGAGCUUGCGAUGGGAUGGCGAAGUGAGCUCAUGCGCAAUGAGACGGAUUUCAUCGUCCUCGAAGGCGUUAUGAUUGUCAUAAGCGCUGUCGUACUCACUGUCUUUCAUCCUGGCUUUUGUUUCCCGGCGCUGGCGAACACAAUCGGCAAGAAGAACAAGACGUCGAGAGAAAAGAGCACGGAUGAGUCUCUGAACACUGAGAGGAUGACUGAUGCCACUGUAUGAGUGCUGUACGCAAUUUUUCUAUACUGCUGAGCCGAAGCUCGAGGUCAAGACGGAGUCCUUCGAUGUACGGCGGAGUUUGUCCUAGAAUUUGUUUCGAAACAUGGAUCGUUUGGGGAGUAGACUCAGAUAAUUAGACGUUUAAUUUCAUUUAGAUCUAUACUUCAGUGUGUGAUAUCAACCUCACUCUGUACAACGGGUACUAUUGAUCACAAAGUGAACAUACACGAUACAGUCUCAAGAGCGGUCCUGCUGAUUGGUUGAACAGCCGGUUGGGGAUGCUUGACCUACAGGGGCCUACAACGUAUUGCCGCAGGUCCGAUUUGGAAUGGGCCACACCCCCUUGUACGUUUGACUCUGACUGCCUUCUAUGAGGGCCGCGGAACCUCUACGUC